UUCGGACUGGCAUCCCUACGAUUAAUACCCACUGCCUCUGGGGGGCGAUGUCGUCAACACUACGCCACAAACCGGGCGACAGGAAGCAGCGUCACUGUCGUAGAAUCUCGCUGAAAACGGUGCUAUUCUCAUCUUUAGAAGUGCAAUAAACUCGGUAUUACACUAGUUUCACGAGGAGAGAAUGUGCCAGUGUACUGAAAAUGUUCAUUUGACGUUUGUUGAUUUGGGCUGAAACAAAGGGGAAAGUCUGCUCCAAUGACAACUUGCGACAUAGAUGGGCGUCGUGUAUCGGGCGUCGUGAUUGGUCGAGGGGCAAAGGAGGACUUGCACACUCACAAGUGCCGCCGAUGAAAAUCUGCGUCUGGAGUGCGCGGCGAGAUAAGAAUAUCGACUUUAGAUGCCGCUUCGGAGGACACCAGUCGUCUUGCUCCCGCUGAAGUGAAGAGAGCUUCGGCUGUAACUAACCCCAGCGGCACCAUGCAGGGAAAUGUCGGCGUCUACGCCGUGAAGAGGAGGAAAAAGCCCACUCAGAAGAAUGCCGCACCGCCACCCGUGAAGACCAAUCCGUCCAAGCGGCACCGGGACCGCCUCAACGUGGAGCUGGAGCGCCUGACCAGCCUGCUGCCUUUCUCCGAGGACGUCCGCAACCGCCUGGACAAGCUGUCGGUGCUGCGGCUCAGCGUGGGAUACCUCAAAGUCAAGAGUUACUUCCACACGCACCGCAGAAAUGGAACGCCGCUCCCUCCCCCCGACGGCAGCACACACUCGGUGUCGCAAGACGGCGUCGGCUUCUCUGAGGGCGAGCUCCUCCUCAAGUCGCUCAACGGCUUCGUCUUGGUGGUCACUGGCGACGGCACCAUUUUUUACACUUCGCCCACCGUUCAGGACUACCUGGGCUUCCAUCAGUCCGACGUGGUGCAGCAUAGCGUCUUUGACCUCAUCCACAUCGACGACAGAGAAAUGUUCAACUGCCAGCUGAAGCUGGGCGUCCACCUCAGCGAGACUGGAGCGGACGCCACCGUAAAAGCGGCCAAGAGCAGCUCAAACAGUCUCCUGCCUCCGGAGAACUCCUUCUUCCUGGAGAGGAACUUCUGCUGUCGCCUCCGUUGCCUCCUGGACAACACGUCUGGAUUCUUGGCUUUAAAAUUCUCCAGCCAUCUGAAGUACUUGCGGGACGACGCCGGCCCCGAGGGGAACCCUCUGCUGGCCCUGUUUGCCAUCGCCACGCCCAUACAGCCGCCGCCCGUCAUGGAGAUCCGCACCAGGACACUCAUUUUUCAAACCAAGCACCGGAUGGACUUUGCCCCCAUGGCCGUGGACACCAGGGGCAAGCUGGUGUUGGGUUACUCGGAGACGGAGUUGAUCACCCCGCGUUCCGGCUAUCAGUUUGUGCACGCCGCCGACAUGAUGUACUGCGCCGACAACCACCUCAAGAUGAUCAAGACGGGAGACAGCGGCUUUACUUUCUUCCGGCUGCUCACCAAGACGGGACAGUGGUUGUGGGUACAAGCCACCGCCCGUGUCGUCUUCAAAGACGGACGGCCCGACUUCAUCAUCGCCCGCCAGAAACCUCUAACGAAUGAAGAGGGAGAGGAACACCUUCAGCAGAGAAGACAGCAAUUGCCAUUCAACUUAGCCACGGGAGAAGGUGUCCUGUACGAUCUUUCCCGAGAUGCCUUCACCAUCCCGGGGCCUGCCGGCACUGAGAAGCCCCCGGCGAAAAAUCAUCUGGAUCCCAGCUCCAUCCUGGGAUCUUUACACCGCCAGGACCGCUCACUUUAUUCCCAGAAGCCCGUCACCCAAGUCCCCGUCUUCUCCCGCAUAGACGAGACUGAUCUGGAUCAGCCCCUGGAGCGAGCCUUUUCGGACAGCCACGCUCUGCUCAGCGUUCCGGGUCAGCUGGAAGAGACGCCCGGCUCCGGGGGCUUCACCGCGCACCCCAUGCUGGACUCGCUGGAGCAGAUCCUGGGAGACCUAGGCGAGGGCAGUCUGGACGGUCUAGAGGUGGAGCAGCGCGAGCUGAGAGACUGGGAGAACACGUUGGUGAGGAUGAACCAAGACGGAGAACUGGAUCAGAUCCUGGCCAACGACAUCUUCUCCUAUGUGGAGGAGGCCCUCGGGAUGAAAACCUCGGGAGGGGAAAGAUCUCUUCCGGUUUCCGCGGACUCUUCGAGGCCGUUUGACUACGGACAGGAAGUUCUUCCUGGCAUUUUGUUUUCCGGUGUAGCGCCCUCUCCCAACGCUCAUGUGGGACAUUGCCCCGCGAGCAGCGGUCCUCACCACCAAGGGAUUCCCACCCGCUCCUGCUGCUUUGAAACAACUUGGCCAACUUCAAUGUUGACCUCCAACACCGAGCUACAGGGGGCACACUCGAAUCCUUCCCAACAAGCCGCGUGGCCUCGUCCCCACGUGGACGCGACGGGCCCACAGUUGUACGGCAGCUGCAUGUAUGAACAGCUGGCAAACUCUGGUUCUCCUGUUCCGCAGAGGCCCCCGUUCAGUGGGCAAGUCCACUUUGAGGCGCCAAACACGGGCUUCGCUCCGCCGCACGUGGUCCGAGGAGCCUGGCCCUCCACCGUUAGCCAGACGCAACCUCCCGCAUUCGGCGACAUGUCCGAGGCGGAUGUUUCCCGACCCAAACGUCCACCAGAAAACGGAGCAUUGGAGUCCACCUUCUUCUGCUGGAACGGUCAAGCUCAGAUGCCUAAAGUUCCCCUGAACCCGUACGGCUUCCCGGUGCAUCCCCCCGGGAGCAUCAACCUUUCCCAAAACACCGGCCCCUAACCACCCGGAGCCUAGCCCGAAUCCCCCGCCUCUUGGAGAGGAAAAAAGCCUUCUCAUUUCAAAGGGACUGAAUCGCUGCUGUGUUUUAUUGUCUUUUCGCAAAGCCAAUGGGAUGUCUUUCACCCAGAAGAAAGCCUUAAUUAAAGACAUAGGCACUUUCUCAUACAUACAGUGCAUCCGUGAACUUCACUUUUUCCACCUUUUGUUGUGUUACAGCUUCAUUCGAGACAACUCUCCAGAAUGACGUGUUUAUAAAAAAAAAAUAAUAAUAAUAAGUUUUUCAUUAAAUUAAUCAAGGGGUGUCCAACCCUUUUCGUGUGAGGACCACGACUUUGGAAGAACUUGAGGGGCAAAUAUGAGAAGUUAUGUCUUCCAUCCCACAAGAGUUCCUUGUGAAAUCAUUUAAUGCAGUUCCCAGGCGGCUUGAGAAACUAAUGCUGGCGUCCAUAUCGAAUUUUAAAUAAAACUCCAUGGAGUACACUUUCUUCUCAUGUUCAUUUCUUGGAAGAAGUAUAGUUCAGAAAUAAGUUACAAGUACUUAAAAAUAGGGAGUUACUUUUCAAUCACCCGGUAUAUUGUUUAUAUAUUUAAAUUAUUUUGAAAAAUUGCUAUGUCAGAGCUUUCUGUUAAAGGUAAUUAGGGAAAAAGAUUUUGAGGAUCUAGGUAUCACUAGCAUAGACCCGCCCCUGCACUGAACACCAGCCGAAACCCGUCUCCACAUUCAGAACCGAAAUGAGCAAUCUCUAAUAAGAUGAACAUUUUUUAAAACAGUUACUUGAAGCUCAUUAAUAACAUAAUACUCUUAUGUUCACAAAUUGGACCUCGACUCAGAGCAGAAAGUGGAGGAAACCAAAAGAAGCCAGCUAAAAAUUAAUGAUCUUUAUUCACCAUAGUUAUGAAGACAAAUUGGCUUACUAUUGUAGUUGUAAAUAGUUAAUUUUCAUCUUUGCAGGUCUCAAAAGCUUUACAGUACAAUAUUUCAUCAUUUUCAUUUCUUUGACAGCCUUACUUCUCAUGCUGCCCCUUUUUGUGUGUGUGUGUGUUACUAGCAUUGUGGGUGGGCCAUGUCAAACGGCAUCUUUAACAUAUGCCACGGGCCACAAAUGGCACACGGGCCGUAGUUGGGACACCCACAUUUGUAAUACCGAUGUCAUUUCAAAGCGUUACUAUGGAAUUCCGUGUGUCGCUUUGGAAUGACAUCAUAUAUGGGGUGUUGUUGUUUGUGGAACAAAACAAAAGUGGGGAGAAAAAAAAAAAAAAAGUGAAGUGCUGUAAAUACUUUCCGGAUGCACUGUAUAGAAUUUAUAUAUUUAUAUAUCCAAUUCUAUUCAACUACAACUAACGCGACACCAUUUUUCUAUACGUUGCUUUCAAAGCAACGUUUUGAGCCGUGUCGCUUUAGUUUGACACUCAAAAAGGCAAUUUUAAAGAAUUGCAAUUGAUAUGAGUACAACUUAUGUUAUUGCAAACUAAAGUCGUAGCAACACUUUGCGUAGCCACUAAUGUACAUUGAAGGGUUUCACCGAGCUCUUAGGAAACGCUUGUAAAGCGGCUGCGUGUAUCCAGACGCGUUGUUGCGCAGAGGUGAUUGGCGGCGCUCGGGCAGCUCAACUUCUACACCAAACGUCGACGUCAACGUGAUCUCUGCCAACAAGACUUGUGUUUAGUUUGUAUUCUUGCUUUUCUAAUAAACACAACCGCGUGGAUGGAACAAGCGGUCCGGGCGGGUGCAUCGUCUUCGACUUACGCCGAUGGAAACGCGUCAGUGGCAAAGAGCUACAACCUAUGGUACCUGCUUUUGCCAAUGGAAAAGCAGAUACUACCAGGUACUAUUUCUACUACCUGCUCUUGCCAAAUUGGAAGGCAUCAAUAGCGAGUAGGUGCCAUGCCAGGGACUGUUUCUCCUGUUGUUGUUUUUUUGUGCCAAUGGAAAAGCCAUACCAAAUACCCACUAGUACCUUCUUAUCUAUUAGCAAAACGAGUCACUAUUUCUCGUAUUGUUUUUAAUGCCUGCUUUGACCAAAUGGAAAGGAGUCCAUCACGAGUAGGCCACCAUGCCUACUUUUUCAUGACAAAAGGAGGUAGAAUUUGUAGUACUAUUUCUAGUAGAUGGUAAAGAGUAAUAGUCGUGUUAUGGAAAUAAAAAAGAACACUACAUUUGAAAGUAAAAUAAGAAAAGUAAAAGAAAACGAAGUGGUUUUGUUUCAGUGAGUCAUUUGUCCAAACAAAAAGGGAUUACUCAACACGCCACUUCCGGCCUGCCUUCCACCAGCUCUUUGCUCUUGUUUGGCUCCACCGAGUGGAAGAAGACGGCACUGCAGGGAAUACAAGAACUUGUUUAACGUCUUAUUAUUCCUAGAUCGGACGUCAAACAUAAGUUUACAAUUGUACCUCGAUUUACGAGUGACCCAAUUUACGAGUUUUUUUUUUUAGACAAGUCGUCGGCUGAUUUUUUUAAUUUUUUAUUUCUUUUCCUUUUUUUUUUUUUUGAGUUUGCAAAUAUUUGAGUUAUGAACCCUAGAUGGUGGCGAGGAUUUUAAGCAGCAUUUUGGCAGAUAACGGACAAUUCUUUGCUUUUUAUUGUCACUCCCAUUUGAAGUUUACUGUUAAAACCAAACGUAAAGAAUUACAAGUUUUUUUUUUUUUUUUAACAAACCCCAUCAUUUACAAAAGUCAUUUAUCUUAAUGCUAACACACGAUGCAAAAUGCCAUAGGCAGGUUUAAAAAAAACUAGCAUCGAUACUGCGAUAGUUAUGACCCUUUAAGCAGAAACACGUCAUGUAUGUACUUUUCUGCUCAGUCCAUCUUAAAAUGCUAAUGUGCUAACACCCCCCCCCCUGCUUUGUCUAUGAAUGGUAAUGUGGUUAUUAAUAAUAAAUAGGCUGUAAUAAAAUAAUAAAUUCCUAAUGUCCUUCUUAGACAUUUUCACAUUGAUUUAAUCAGUGCCCCUCCAACAGUUAUUUAAAAUGCAUGAAAUUUUCAUUUUCUAGGUUAGGGAUGGUGCAAGAGAAAAGCAAAAAUAUUUAGCAACAGGCAGGCCGUGAUAUUAUUUCUAAUAUCGCUGCUGUCACUUUGGAUUGGAAUUACUUUUUUUCUUUUCUUUUUUCAAUCAGCCCGCAAAGACCCACAAAAAAAGUCUUAAGAAGCCAUGAAAAGAAAAGAAAACAGUUUGUCACAGUCAGUUUGGUUUUGAAAAGCCGUUUCCGGAAUAUGAGACCUUGUCCUAAAGAUUUUUUCCGAUGGCUACCAAAUUUGAACCUCGAACACUUUAGAGAUGGACAUGAGUUUUUGUCAUUGUGUGUGGGCGGAGCAUGCCAGCCAAGUUUGAUGAUUCGUCAUAAAAACUCCUAAGUCAGCUCCACACGGUUUUAGACCUUGACCAAAACGCGGUGUCAUUAAGGUCUCGUCCUAAAGACAUUCAUUGGCGCCUAGAAGCUUCUGAUGCUCCGAUUUCCUUCAAACUAAAAGGCAUGUGAAGGCCUCCUUUAAUCAUUUUAGGGGAGGGGAGUUGAACAGAUAAAAAUCACAAUCCACCAGCGGCACCAUGCUGAGAAAACUGGCUCAGUUGUUACUGUGCAGGACCAGACAAUAGUGGAAAACAUAUUCAAGCAGGGAAGCUACAUCAUGGACAGAGCAUGGGGUGAUGGGGUGACGGAACAGGGGAAAUGGGGUGGGGGUGCGGGGGGGG